GGCUCCAUGGCGGGGGUCGCGGCGCUCGCGCUCCGCCGGGCGCUGGCGUCGCUGGCGCCGCGCGGGCGGAGCCUGCCGGGCGGCCCGCGCGCCUUGCACGCGUCGGCGGCCUGCGCCAAGAACCGGGCGGCGCGGGUGCGCGUGUCCAAGGGGGAGCGCGCCGUGUCGUACGAGGAGGCGCACGCGCCGCACCACGUGGCGCACCGCAAGGGCUGGCUGUCGGCGCACACAGGUAACCUAGAUGGAGAGGACCAUGCUGCUGAGCGGACUGUGGAAGAUGUUUUCCUCCGAAAGUUCAUGAUGGGAACCUUCCCAGGCUGCUUGGCGGACCAGCUCGUUAUAAAGCGCAGAGCCAACCAGCUGGAAAUCUGUGCCCUGGUCCUUAGACAGUUGCCUGCACACAAGUUCUACUUCCUUGUGGGCUACAGUGAGACGUUGCUGUCCUACUUUUACAAGUGUCCUGUUCGCCUACACCUCCAGACUGUACCCUCAAAGGUUGUGUAUAAGUAUAUAUAAAAAGAUCGACCUUAUUUGUAUCAGCUUUGGUCUCAAAGGAUAGAAACAUGGGUAACGAGUCAAGUGAAAAUGAGGGAAGCUUGUCCAUUUGGACUACUGAGGCUUUAUUUUAAAAGCUGCUGCUUAAUAAAUAGAUUCUAUAUGAU